GAUAAUUCGAAUUCUUCUAGAGUAAAGACAAAUGUUAUUUUCCUCUACCUUAGAAUAACAAACAGUAUUCUUUUUAAAUGCCACGCUUCCUCCGUUUCAAGGAGUCGGAAGCAAGAUAAUGAGCUACAAUUGCAUGGGAGCGUGAGAGAGGCAACGCGUCUAAAAGACUAUAUAGUGAUUAUUAAUAGAAGUCUGACGCAAUAUAAAAGCAGGUCACACGACGUUUUGGCAUAACAGUGCUGGUUGCAUCAUUUGUAGCGACGACUCAGAAGAUAAACACAGGAUUUGUAGAUAUAUAAACAAAUUGAUAAGGUAUGUUCAGAUGAAAUAUAUGUAUAUGAUGAAAUUGAUUCCCAGUCAAUUCAUCCAUAUAUUUAUUGAUAGUGCACAUGAGUAAUAAUAACAUAGCUAUUGUGUUGUGCCUUUGUGGUAUUUCAGAUAUGUGCACGUGUAGCGAAAUAUACCUUAUUCCUUAUCUGCAUGAAAGUAUAAAUGCAUAUGGCUCUCAAUUUGUCAAAUCAUUAAGUACUUAGGCUAACUGUAGCAGAUAUCUAUAUAGAAUACAGCUUGCCACUAUAUAUACGACUCGUAUUGAAGUCGGUAUAGUUAUAAAAUAUAGAUAAUUUUAACAGUGAAUUUCAGAAAUUUUACUUCUGCAUGUUUUUAGAAUGAAUUUCCAGAAGAGAAUUGCCCUAUUCGUUGUAGUAACUCUGGUGGCUUCAACAUGUGCGAAUUACCUAACAUCCUGUGACAGUACCUGCCUAUCAGAAUUUUACAAAUGCUUCGGCAAAUGUAAGGUGGCAAAAACUUGUACCCUGUGUGUGGACUAUAAAAUUACUUGUCUAAACAACUGUCAAGCGACAAGAAAACGACGUGAAGUCUACGAUGCUCCUGCGAAAAUCACAGACAUACAAGGUUUGAAGAAAUAUCUAAAUUUACAGUGAACAGAAAACAUAUAUUUAAAUUUAUAACUUAUUUAUAAUUUUAAUUGUAUUUAUUUAUUACUUCUUGUAUAGAAGUUUAUUUAUUUAUGAAGCACAAAUUUUAUGUGUAACAUGGAGCAAAUUAUACAAUGUAUAAAAAGAUGGUAUUGUCGAUAUUAGACAUUAUAAAUUAAUAUGAACUUAGA